ACCGGAAUGGCCCGAGGGAAGGCCGGGCAGGCCAGGGCCCCAGAUGGUUCCUGUCGGGGAAGUCGCGGGCGCAGCUGCAGGCCUCCGGCCCGGCAUUAUCACGGGGACACAGCUGGCUGCCUCGCCCACAGGCUGCAGGGAGACCUUCCCCCACCUGCAGCCCCAGGCCCGCCCCGAGUCACAUGAGCCCCAGGGCUCCCACCCCCUCCCCAGGGCCCAGGACACCCAGUCGGCAGCCAGCAGGCCCCGGCUUUCCAGGGACAGAGGCCCAACUCCAGGACACCCCAGCUGGCCCAGCCCCUCCUCCUUCGCUGGGGGCCCCAGGACGUCGGGAAAGGCAGUCCCGGAAGAGGCCUGUCCUGGGCCCCAGGCCGGCCCCUGAGGGUGGCCCUCCCCAUGCCGGCUCCGAGACUGAGGGACAGGUUGGCUGGUUCAGCCUCGGGGUCCACCUGCCGCUCCAUGUCCCAGACGCAGCCUGUGCUGGAGAGCGACCUCCUGGCAUCUGCCGGCUGCUCAGCGCCCCGGGGUCCCAGGAAGGGCGGCCCAGCCCCAGUGGACAGGAAGGCUAAGGCCUCAGCGAUGCCGGACUCCCCAGCGGAGGUGAAGACACAGCCUCGGUCCACACCCCCCAGCAUGCCACCCCCACCACCUGCCGCAUCCCAGGGAGCCACACGCCCCCCCUCCUUCACGCCACACACACAUCGAGAGGACGGGCCUGCAGCGCUGCCCCACGGCCGUUUACAUGGCUGCUUAAAAUGGUCCAUGGUCUGUCUCUUGAUGAACGGCAGCAACCCCUCGCCGACAGCCAUCAACGGCGCGCCGUCCACACCCAACGGCUUCAGCGAUGGCCCGGCCACCUCGUCCACGGCCUCCCUGUCCACACAGCACCUGCCCCCGGCCUGCGGGGCCCGGCAGCUCAGCAAGCUCAAGCGCUUCCUCACCACCCUGCAGCAGUUUGGCAGCGACAUCUCCCCAGAGAUCGGGGAGCGCGUGCGCGCGCUGGUGCUGGGCCUGGUGAACUCGACGCUGACGAUCGAGGAGUUUCAUUGCCAGCUCCAGGAGGCCACCAACUUCCCUCUGCGGCCGUUUGUCAUUCCUUUCCUGAAGGCAAACCUGCCCUUGCUGCAGCGGGAGCUCCUGCACUGUGCCCGGCUGGCCAAGCAGACGCCCACCCAGUACCUGGCCCAGCACGAGCAGCUCCUGCUGGACGCCAGCGCCUCCUCCCCCAUCGACUCCUCAGAGCUGCUGCUGGAAGUCAACGAGAACGGCAAGAGGAGGACGCCAGACAGGACCAAAGAGAAUGGGUCAGACCGUGACCCGCUGCACCCCGAGCACCUCAGCAAACGGCCGUGCACCCUGACUGCCCAGCGCUACAGCCCCAGCAACGGGCCGGCACAGCCCACGCCGCCGCCACACUACCGCCUGGAGGACAUGGCCGUGGCCCACCACUUCCGAGACCCCUACCGCCACCCGGACCCCCAGGAGCUGCGGGAGCGCCAGCGGCCACUCGUGGUGCCUGGGUCCCGGCAGGAAGAAGUGAUCGACCACAAGCUCACAGAGCGUGAGUGGGCAGAAGAGUGGAAGCACCUCAACAACGUGAGUGUCCACGCACAGCCAUGCCCAUGCACACAGCCGCACACACACACACAGCCACAUUCACACACACAGCCGCACUCACUCACACAGGGUCAGUGCCUAGAGGGGGUGUCCCCAGGAGCCGAGGAGCUGCAGCCUCCAGAGACCCCAGCACUCCCGAAGCUCCGCGCCUCAGGGGGAAAUGGGGGUGCCAGUCUCCCAUCCCCUUUCCCGCGGCCCCAGUUGGCUCAGAGCUGA